AUGGCAAACAAAAAGCUUGCAAGCCAGUCUGUCCAGGCUGGGGAUGAGUCACAUUCUCACUCCAAACCGAAAUGGAAGCACGCUAAAGACGAGAGGCUGGUGAAGCGUAAGACAAUAGAAUACAAUAAGGCGACAGAUGUAGCGCAUGAUGGGUUAGAGACUGGGCCUGUUAAGAAGCGGAGGAAAAAGGAAACGAGUAGGCCGUUCAGUGUGGAAACAAAUUUGCGACACCAACAGUCGAGUGAAUCAGCAGCGAAGCCUUCUAAAAUAGAUAAACAAUCGGAAAAAGUCAAGAAAGCUAAAAAGGAUAAGAAGAACAAGAAAACUAAAAAAUUCAAGGAAAAAGAUAAGAAGAAUAAGAAAUCUAAGAAAUCCAAAGAAAGCGACGACGAUGGGGGCGAGGGCGGGAUGCACUCGGAUAAAGCUACAGACGGAAGUGUUACAGAGAAGAAGCAGAAAGAACGAAAAGCAAAAAAAAGGCAUCGCAAACACGAAACUGUUAACACGCACACAGAACAACCCCAAAGUGCAGAGUCUGAUACUAGCAAAGAUCAUGAGGUAGUAGAUGAAACAGCAGAAGCGACUUUCACGAGUGAAGCUCCUCCGUUGGGUUGCGUAUGGAACCCGAACACCAAGCUCUCUCUAGAAACAUGGCCACAAUCUAGUCACCAGAAAAAUGUAUCGACGACAUCUCGGGUUGAUCCUAACCUUGAGAUUUAUAGGCAAAAGGCUGUGAAUCGUUUACAGUAUCAGCUGGAGACGGAUUGCCGAAACAACAGAAUAAGAUUCAAUAACGUAUUCUUUGAAAACUGGAUAUUCAACUGCGAGCGAGCGAGCAAGUCCAAUCAAUGUGCGAGUGAAGGUAUAGCCCCUGACCCAGUGAUUCCCAGCCAACCCACAGCCGACGGCCUCGUCGCAGAUUUGGUGGGCGCAGGCAUGCAGAAAACGGUUGCGCAAGGCGUUGCUCGGAAACUAUGUGCAGCUGCUGCCCGAGAAACCGAGAGGAUGGCCAGGACUACUGCUGAGACCAGCGCUCGCGCUCGAUCAGUAGAUUGUGUGGAGGUGGUUAUCACAGGCAAGAAGGCGCGCGAGGCAUUGCUAGAGCGGGCGACUACAGACCUGCGGGCCUUCGACCUGACUUACAACCAAAUGACUGUGCGCAUCAACAAGGCCCACCACGACAAACUGCGGCUGCUGCACUCGCGCAACGCACCCCAAAGCGAACGAGGCGAUGACAGCGCUCUGAACUCGCGCGUGUUCAGUCUAUUGGUCAGAUACCACACACUACAGGGGGGGCAUGUGCAGGGCGGAGGCAUGCAGGCUGCGUUGAUCGAGGACACCUUUGAUGCACUGUUGCGUAACUUUGGAGUCAAUUUCGAAUGCUUUGCGUCGCCGCUGAACUCGCGCUACGGACAGUACUGCAGCAUGUUCGCCGAUACCGACGGACCAUUCGGCAGCGUAGGGUCCUUCUUUGACUUCUACCCGCUGUCUGGUAGCUUUGAAGCCAAUCCACCGUUUGAAGACGGCGUGAUCCAUCGCAUGGCUAUGCAUAUAGACGUGUUGUUAGACAGGAGUGAUAGAGAGAAUAAACCACUGAGUUUCGUGGUGGUGAUACCUGCGUGGGCUGAGUCCAGUGGCUGGCAGCGCCUCAAUCAGUCGACACACCUCAAACGGCUGCUCACACUGUCACAAAGAGACCAUGGAUUCUGCGAAGGCACGCAGCACUCACGGCCCACCCGCUACCGCAUUUCCACAUAUGUCGUGCCCAUAGUGGUAGGCUUAGCCAUGACCGGUGACUUCUUUGCGUACUGGGUGAUUUCGGCUGUGAUGGUGGGCAUGGUGCUGUCCCUGGUCCGCUUGUUCAUGGAGUUUCUUAACUUCGUUAUCUUGGCCAUACGCCAUGUGCGAGAGAACUGGAGGAGGCUGCUGGUAGUGCGGUUCAAACCCGUUCCGCUGUCGGAGGUCGUGAAAAGUUACGCCUUCUUCGCAUACGAACAUAAGCUGCUGAUUGAGAAGCGAGUAACCUCGUGGAUAUUCACAUACAGGCUACAGAAGGCCUUCAGGUACUUCGGCGGUUCUUAUUGGGCCCUGUCCAUUUUAAUUGUGAUCCAAUUUGUGUUCGUGGGGCUUUUUGAGGACAGUCAGGGCUGGAUCUUCCUCUGUACAAUCAACUACCUCGUUAUAUACGUACUGAUAUGGCGCAAGGCAGCGCCGUGGAGUGAAGUGGCGGCGUUGGCAGAAACCGAAGAGGAUUCGCAAAGUACAGGCGACGCAAACAAUAAGACGACUGAGGUGCCACAGACGUCAGCAGAAAAUCUGUCCGCGAAGCCCUCGCGAUUGGCCCGCAUGGCCUCCAGAGUAGCUGGCCAGGAUCGCUAUAGCACUGACCUCGAGGGGUGCGAGUACAUCUACCGCUUCAUUCCAGACUACCACGUGAGGAACCGCAAAACUUGGCUGAGUCUGUUGUUGCCCAUUCUAUUUAUAUCUCAAUCCAUCUGGCUGUGCGUAGCGUCUGUAGAGCAUCAGGGCGGAGUGGCCUUUAUCGUGGCGUAUCUGACGGUGUUCUAUGGGCUGUUCUGGGGGUUGUUCUACUGCUUUAUCAUGGCCCUGUGGCUCAAGAGUCGUAAGGUGGUUCGUAUAGUGGAGCGUCGUGAGAUUGCGGCCGAGUAUGUGCGGAUCAUAAAGGCCAUGAACGAGUAUCUGAUAUACAUCUUGAUGUUCGUUUCCUUCAUUGGUGUGGUCUGCGGAAUUGUGUAUCUGACAAUACUGGCGGAGGGCACCUUUCUAGACGGGUUUCUGCUAUUCCUGGCGGUGUUUCUGCUGUUCAGUGUGAUAUCAACUAUAACCACCAAGGCCUUCCGCAGAGCAUAUCCCAUGGAGGCCUUCUGGUUCCUCUUCAUCUUGUUUGUGACUGUGGGUGUAGUGCUGAGUGUCUUCUCGUACAGUCUGCAGCAGAACGACGACAACAAUGAUACCAGUGAGCCUAUCUCGUUGGUUAGUGCACCCAUUGCGCCGUCGCCGACGAGCUUUGCGUCGUGUGAUGUCACGUUCGGGCCCACUGCGAUGAGUAUCAUGGACAUGGCCUACAUGUCCAAGGUCGCCUACGCCCCAAUGGAGGUGGUGCAAAGGGAGUUAAACACAUGGUUCAAUGCCAACCAAACAGACGGGACGGGAUGGUACAUCCACUACAACGCAACGACUGACGGCUACCCCUACUUCUACGACAUCCGACACAACACCACGGGCAUGGCCAUCAUCAGCGUCAGAGGGACGAACAGCUUGUACGAUGUCGUGAUGGAUAUGGACCUGUGGCUGGAGAUUGCUGUGCUGCAGAUGACGGACUUUUUCCUGCCCACUCUCUCGUUGUGGCCUGUAGGUAUGUCACUGU